AUGGCUGGUGGAAUUCCGAUAUGUGUCCAAUGCGGCACCACCAGUAACCCUUGCCGGUGUAAGGUGGUCGGUCCAACUGUUGGGUUCUUGGCGUUUGCUGCGGCGGCGGUCGUGGAAUGGCCAUUGGGGGCGUUUGUUUAUCUCUUUAAACGCAUGAAAGGCCGCAGGAUCAUGGCACAUCCCGCCGCUGUUGUUUACCCCCGACACGACCCAAGUCAAUGGUCAAGUCAGUAUGAACUUGUGUUAAACGGCAGAGCCCACAUGGCAGUUCACCCAAUCAAGGAAUGA